UUUUAAAUUUCCUGCGAGUUUCUUGUUGAAAACGUCGCCGAAUGGUGAUGGGUGCGCGUGAUGUCACGGACUGUCAGGAAAUAUUAACGCUGCACCACUAGCGGCUAAAAGUCAUCUGCUUUAAUCGCAUAAUUACACAGUAUUCUGGACAUCUGUGUCGUUGAAUCUUUUGCAAUUUGUUCAUUUAAUAAUGGAGAUUAUAAAGAACAAUGCUGUUGGUGGAAAGCGGUGGAUUGCAGCUGUCUUUAGCACCGAGACACAGCCAGUGUUUCUUUGUUUGUUGUGAAGCAGAGCGGUCAAGCGAACAUGUUUUCUCUACGUCAACCAGCAUGUUUUUGGAUGGGAAAAUUGUGAUAUGUAUCUUACCGGAGACAUCAUUGGAUUAUUCGUCGUCCUGCAGCAGCUGUCAAAAAAGGCAGCUGUGAGCUUGGCUCCUCGGCUUCUCUCUGGGACACUGCGUGUUCACCGCAGCCAUCCGACCUCUAGGUAUCUCUUUACAAUCUUUACAAUCUCACUAAAACACUAUUAACACAAUAAGCAGAUAAGGGAUCUUCCAGAAUUAUCCUAGUAAAUGUGUCUAAUUAAAUCUGAAACGUUCACACUGCCGCCGCGCGGCGUCGUCGCUUUUUUUUCUUUCUAGCCCUUCACUAUCAAUAUCCUAAUUCACAAAUCUUUCAUCCUCGCUCAAAUUAAUGGGGAUAUUGUCGCUUUCUCAGUCCGAAUAGCUCUUGAUGCUGGAGGCUCCCAUUAUAAACAAUGUGAAUAUGUGAGGAGCCCUGCAACUCGUGACGUCACGCGCACAAACUUCCGGUAAAGGCAGGGCUUUUGUAUUAGCGACCAAAAGUUGCAAACUUUAUCGUCGAUGUUCUCUACUAAAUCCUUUCAGCAAAAAUAUGGCAAUAUCGCGAAAUGAUCAAGUAUGACACAUAGAAUGGACCUGCUAUCCCCAUUUAAAUAAGAAAAUCUCAUUUCAGUAGGCCUUUAAUAGACAUGCACUCACAAUAACAAACCCACUCUUCAUUUUAUCAAAUGUAGUUUGUAUAAAUACAUUACAUCCUUAAAAUUGUUUAUGUUUCCUCUUUAUUGCUGUUCCUAUCAAACAAACUUUUUCUAUCCAUUUUUAAUGUGAAUAAGGUUUUUGCUUUGUUUGAUUUGGCUCAUCCCAUUACUUCCACUGAGUCACCCCACAAAUUGAUAGGCACAUACAGGUAUUCUACUUUGGUUGGUGUUAACACAAGAUUGCUUUAAAUUCAUUUUACACCUCUAAUCAUAUUAUCCAUGUAGCAACAAUACAGUGUCACUCUUUCACUUAAGUGCCACAAGCUGGUCCUGAAUCACCACUAACUGCCAUGGAGGUGCUAACACCUGCCUUUUAGAAAUGUAUUGAAUGUUGAAGCUGGUUUACUCUUAAAUGUUCCACCAGUACACUGCAUGGCAGGUCCGCAUACUUGGUGAUGAAUAUAGCUCAGGACCAACAUACUUUUUGUAUUUUUUUUAAAAUGUUUUUUGUGUGUGUGGGAGGGGGGUUAUGCCCCCAAGCAUAAUAUAUUCUGAGGGGAGACUCACUGCCACAUUUUGUGAGUAAAGGACGAGCAAUUACAAGAGUUCUCCCAAUUAAUGCUUGCAAUGCAAUCUAUGGCAGUUAUGGUCUGGUAUGAGUAUGUGUAUGAAGUGGCUUGUGUGAGUGGGGGUUGAGCACAGUCACGCUUAAAUCACUGUCGAGACUCAGCAUAUCAUUUGGACAAUGAGGCCACAAGGAAGGGUCAGAGUCAGCAGUGCAGCGUGAGAACUGGCUGUUCUAAUCCUGCGCUUUUACUUUCAAGGAAAAGCAGAGCAGGAUUCUAUCCUGUCAAAAACCCAAGCAAUGGUAUUUCCAGAAUCCAAGGAUGGGCAAACAAGUGGUCCAGGGCAGAAAAGACCCAUCCAAAAGCAGCACUUACCAAACCAUCUUAUCCCUAAACGGAAUAUUUUACCGGUCAACACAAGUGUCAAUUAUGAACCGGAGGACUACACUGAGACCGACCCCUUGCUCCCUAAUGAGCACUUCAGUGGGUCAAGACUCGGUGGAUCUGAGGAGGCCAAGCUGUCGCAUGGUGCAGAGGAACCCCCAGAGUCAGUCUACUUCAUGGUGCUGCAGAUACUGGUGCCAUUCCUUCUGGCUGGGCUAGGGACGGUCGCAGCUGGCUUGCUGCUUGAUGUGGUUCAGAACUGGGACGUGUUCCAGGAAGUCACAGAGAUCUUCAUUCUGCUUCCUGCUGUAUUGGGCAUGAAGGGCAAUCUAGAAAUGACUCUCGCCUCCAGACUGUCUACUGCAGUGAAUGCAGGAAGAAUGGAGCUUGCCAAAGAGAAAUGGAUGUUGAUCAUUGGCAACCUGGCCCUCAAGCAGCUCCAAGCCACUGUUCUUGGCCUUUUAGCCUCCCUAAUGGCGAUUGUGUUGGGCUGGAUUGCUGAGGGACAGAUGCCCUUUAACCAUGUGAUUCUUGUGUGUUCAACCAGUCUUUCUACCACAUUCGUGGCUUCAGUGUUGCAAGGCUUCAUAAUGGUGGGAGUGAUUAUUGGUUCCAAGAGGAUGGGUGUCAAUCCUGACAACGUGGCCACACCCAUGGCAGCCAGCUUUGGAGAUCUCAUCACUCUUGCUUUUCUGGCCUGCUUCAGUCGAUGGUUCUUCUCCAUCAUAGAGCUGUAUUCCUACGUGUUGUACCUCAUCGAUCUGUUCUUGCUGUGCUUGAUCCCCCUGUGGAUUGUGGUGUCAUCCAAACAUCCUGCGAGUCGGAUCCUACUCCGUACUGGUUGGGAGCCCAUCAUAACAGCAAUGUUCAUCAGCAGUAUUGGUGGACUUAUUUUGGACAAGACGAUGUCAGAUCCAAACAUGGCAGGAAUAAUACUUUAUGCUCCAGUCAUCAAUGGGAUUGGAGGCAACCUCGUCUCCAUACAAUCCAGCCGCAUUUCCACCAACUUGCAUUUGAGUUUCUCACUUCGGGAGGUUCCUGAAGAUCGUAGGAGUUGCUACAACCCUUGCAGCACCUUUUUUGGGUCAGGUCCAAAUCGCAAAUCUGCAAAGGUUCUUCUUCUCAUGGUCCUUCCUGGUCAGUUGGUUUUCUUGUACGCAAUUCACCUGAUAAAAGGAGCCCACACAAUGCCCAGCCCUCUUUUCACAGUUGCCUUUUUGUCAGCUUCGCUCAUUCAGGUCCUCUCCUUGCUGUGUAUCGCUGACUGCAUGGUACACUCCUUAUGGAGGAGGGGUAAAGACCCUGACAGUUACUCUAUACCCUAUCUCACUGCUAUUGGUGAUCUAUUAGGGACUGCUCUCCUUUCCCUUGCCUUCUUAUUACUUUGGUGCACUGGAUAUAGUGUAUGAGUUCAGAGGAAUAUGUACAAAUGUGUGUGUGUGUUCACGUUUGUGUGCACGCGCCUAUGUGUGUUUGCGAUCCCGAAUGUGAGACAAUGAGAAAACACCAGAGGUGGGUAGAGUAGCCAGAAAUUGUACUCAAGUAAGAGUACUGUUACUUUCGAGAUGUAUUACUCAAGUAAAAGUAAGGAGUAGUCACCCAAAUAUUUACUUGAGUAAAAGUAAAAAGUAUGUUGUGAUAAAAACUACUCAAGUACUGAGUAACUGAUGUUCGUUUAAAGAUUACGGCAACAAAUAAUGCACAAAAACAUAAAAAUAGCAAAGAGCAAAUUCAGAGCCAGGAAUAUCUCUUAAGCAACUAAAACAAUAAUAUAUAUUAAAUAAUAAUACAUUACAAUAAAAAAUAAAGGCAAAUUGAGCCACAAUAACUUAACAGCACCAUAGGCUUAGUAGGCAUUCAUUGAUUCAUUGAUUAGUAGAUUGCACAGUACAGUACAUAUUCUGUACAAUUGAUCACUAAAUGGUAACACCCCAAUAAGUUUUUCAAAGUUAAUCAAUUACUUAAUAAAUAACCAAGUCGAGGUGAUCUACCUCAUAUAUACAUAUACAUACACACACACACAUAUAUAUAUAUACAUACACAUACAUUUAGAUAUACAGUAUAUAAUUUAUAUUUAUUUAUUUUGCCGUUUUUGUUGACAUGUUAAAGGUGUUUUAAUGAAUAUACGUGCAUGUUUAACAUAUAGAUUCCUAUCUUUCAUGAAGACAAGAAUAUAAGUUGGUGUAUUACCUGAUUCUGAUGACUUGCAUUGAUUGGAAUCAGACAGUAUAGUGUUGAUAAUGUCCACGUUUUCAAUUAGAGGAGAAAAAAAGUUCCUCCUUCCUGUCUAAUACCACAUGAAAGUCGUUGGUUUUUGGCAUCUUAUUUGUCCAGCUUCCAUAAUCGUUUUUAUACACUUUACAAGAAAUACAUUGGCGGCAAACUCCAUAGCUUGCUAGCUUGUUUGCCCUGGCUUUCGGAGACUCUUAUUUAGUUAGCGCAGGCGCGAUGGAGCGGCACUUUUAUUGUGAGGACAGGAACCGUGCGAUCAGUCUUUCGGCUUUUGACAGGAAGUACAGUUGAAAUAAAAAAUGUAUUUUUUCCUUUACACUUUUGAUUGAUUGAUUGAAAAUUUUAUUAGUAGAUUGCACAGUACAGUACAUAUUCCGUACAAUUGACCACUAAAAGGUAACACCCGAAUAAGUUUUUCAACUUGUUUAAGUCGGGUUCCACGUGUGACGGUCAUGUGACCGCCUGGCUCUGUUUAAUUGGUCCAACGUCACCAGUGACUGCAUGUGAUUGGUGAAACGCAGGCAUGCGUAAAUCCUACUUUGAAAGUCUGUGACAAAGCAAAACAAACAUUAACAGAUCGAUAAAAACCAGUAGCGAGUAGCAAGCUGAAUGUAGAUAAAUGGAAUGGAGUACAAGUAGCGUUUCUUCUCUAUAAAUAUACUCAAGUAAAAGUAAAAGUGUUUUGCAUUAAAACUACUCUUUGAAGUACAAUUUAUCCCAAACGUUACCCAAGUAGAUGUAACGGAGUAAAUGUAGCGUGUUACUACCCACCUCUGGAAAACACAAUCAAUAAAGUAUUGUAUAGAUACAUUUGAUCGAUUAAAUAAAAAGACACACCCAUCUAGAAUAUGCAAUUUUGUAAGAAAUUCCAUGUGAAUGCUGAAAAGCUGAAGCUGAACGGAAAUGCUGACAGGCAACGUCCCGGCCAGAUUGCGUUGAUGAACAAAAUAUGCGACUCUAAGGUGCUGCUACAGCAUACAGUCUGAAAGAUUUUGACAGAGAAAUAAUAGAGGGUUCGUUUUACGAAGCCUUGCUGCAGAAAGUUACAGAGACCAAGGACAAGCUCUAUCAUGUGGGGGGAAAUUGUUGGAUUAAUUGUAAAUAAGUUAUGUCAUAUUUAUUCAAAUAUGUUUGCUUAUGUAGUUUGUUAGACAAGCUGAAGAGAAACGAAACUUGGCGUUAGAUUGAAGUCAGGUUGACCUGCCAACAGCAAAGAGGAGUGGGCAAACGAGACAGAGCAACACAGGAAGUUACUGUAUCUUUUUUAUUUGCAUGUGUUAUGUUUUCAACACAGGUGUUAUGUUUCUAUCACAGCUGUAAAUCCAGCUGUAAAUGUCCCUCCUCCCUUAGUACAGCUGUGUGUGUGUGUGUGUGUGUGUGUGUUUGUGCGCGCGUGCAUGCGUGUGUGCGUGUAAUGCAGGGCCUCCCGAAUGUAUUAAAAGGCGAGGGGAGUGGGAUAAAGGUUUCAGAGUUAGUUGGAGCCCAUAAAUGAGAACACAGCAUGUUUGCAGCGUGCUGUGUUUUCGUUCCUAGUUCCUGUUAUGGCUGGGCGAAAAUGAGGACUCAGGUGCAAAAGCGUGACAAUUGACUCAGACUUUAUUUAAUUAGUUUUCUUUGCUAUCUCUAGGACAGAGUGAUCAAAACAAAGUGACUACAAAAUCUGUGAUAUAUUUGAGGAACAAAGGAAAUGUAUACCUACCAUGAAUUGAUUAACGUGGACCCCGACUUAAUAAGUUGAAAAACUUAUUCGGGUGUUACCUUUUAGUGGUCAAUUGUACGGAAUAUGUACUGAACUGUGCAAUCUACUAAUACAAGUAUCAAUCAAUCAAUCAAAUUAAAGGGUACAAGGCAAAAGACAGAAAAUCACUCCAUAAGGAGGAAAAAGCCAAUAGCAAAAAUUCUAUACGAGUCUAAUAGCAAAAACCAACAAUGUACAAUUAUCUACAAAAAGGAAAAUCAAUCAUGCAAAGGAGUCGAGAAGCCAGCGAACUAAAAGCGCUCCAGAAGGAGGAAAAAGGAAGACAAGGCACUGUGAAAUAGAUACAAAAGACUAGCACGAAAAACUUUAGCAACAGAAAAUCAUUCUCUCAGAGGAAACAAAGAAAUCAAUAAAUAAAGCGAGAGAAUACUUAUCAAACUUGGUACAAGGCCAUAGUUGCCAACCUUGAGACCUCCGAUUUCGGGAGGUGGGGAG